AUGUCCUCUUGCAACACCAGCACCUCUGGUCACUCUACCUUCCUGCUCACUGGAUUCCCAGGCUUGGAAGCCUCUCAUCAUUGGGUUUCCAUCCCCAUCAACCUCAUCUGUGUGGUUUCCACCCUGGGUAACAGUAUCAUCCUCUUCUUGAUCCGCACAGAUCCAGCCUUACACGAGCCCAUGUACAUCUUCCUGUCCAUGUUGGCAGCCUCUGAUCUGGGGCUCUGUGCCUCCACCUUCCCCACUAUGGUGCGGCUUUUCUGGCUUGGAGCUCGUGAAGUGCCCUUUGAUCUCUGUGCAGCACAGAUGUUCUUCAUCCAUGCUUUCACCUAUGUGGAAUCGGGUGUAUUGCUGGCCAUGGCCUUUGACCGCUUUAUUGCCAUUCGGGACCCUCUGCACUAUGCCACAAUCCUUACCCACUCAGCCAUGACCAAAGUGGGAACUGCCAUUCUAGUAAGGGCUGUCCUGCUUAACCUCCCGGCGCCCAUCCUCCUGUGGCGUCUGCUCUUUCCCCAGAUCAGUGUGCUCUCUCACUGCUACUGCCUGCACUGUGACCUUGUGGGGUUGGCCUGCUCAGAUACACAGAUCAACAGCUUGGUUGGCCUCAUCUCCAUCCUCCUCUCACUGUGCCUUGACUCCUCCCUCAUCAUGCUUUCCUAUGCCCUGAUCUUGCGGACUGUGCUGGGUAUUGCAUCACCUGGGGAACGGCUCAAGGCACUCAACACCUGUGUCUCCCACCUCUGCAUUGUUCUCAUCUUUUAUUUGCCCAAACUGGGGCUGUCUGUGUUGCACCGAGUAGAGAAGCACAGCUACCCUGCUCUGGCAGUGCUCAUGGCCAACCUGCACUUCCUGGUCCCACCCUUCAUGAACCCCAUUGUGUACUGUAUCAAGUCUAGGCAGAUCCGUCAGGGGAUCCUGAAGCGCUUCCAAGAAAAGAGGGUUGAUGUUUCCUAG